AUGAAGCUCCUUUUCCCCCUCUUCGCCAGCCUCGUGCUUCAGUAUCAGGUGGAAUCAGAAUUUAUGGUGGUGAAAAAGUGUUUAAUGGGCUUUGGGAAAUGCAAAGACAGCUGCCUCCCUGAGGAAACCCAGGUACAGAAUUGCAAAUCCAAAAAGUGCUGCAUGGGCCCCAAAGUGACAGAACUCAUUAAAAGCUACCUUCGACACGAAAUACCCCACAUACCCGAUGACGACAUCGUGGAGAUGAUGAAGAUGAGCGAGAAUCUCACAGAGGAGAUGCAAAGACAACAGGCCUUAGUGGCGUUCUCCCGGAGCCAAGUUGCCAAGAGCCUUUUGUCCAACAUCAACUCUGCUAUCAUCCCAGACGCCUUCCCUGUGAAGUCUGUCACCAAGAGGACCAGGAGACACCACAUGGGCAAUACUGCUUUCACCAAGAGGCACACCAAACAAAGCAGGGAUUCUGCCAAUGCUGCCCCACCCCAGCCCCGACCUGGACCACCGUAG